AUGUAUCGACGUUCAUUGCCUGAUAAUCAACCUCCUAAUAAACGUCCACGAUCGGAGGCAGUUCUUCCAGCAGAUUUCUUUGAUUCUACAGAAAUACAGGCAGAUAAUGAGUCUAAUGAUACGUCACCGCCUCCAUCUCCAUCUUAUUGGGCUCGAGAACGACUUUUUGAUGAGACUUUUGAGCAGAUGGUUUAUGAUGAACGCGUAGUAAACUUAAUAAAACGAAGAGAAGAGAUUAAAAACCAGCCGAAACAGUUGAAUAUACAGUCAGAAGAGGAGAAUUCUUUAAAAAAAGAGGUUUUUUUAGAGCAAAAUGCGUCAGAAUAUGAAUCAGACACGUCAAUUAUAAAGUCUGACAGUGAUUCAGAUUCAGAAACAAGGGUUAAAACAUCAUUAGAAGAGUGGAAAAAAUAUUUUGAGUUAGGGGCUUCAUUAUGUCUUUAUAAUUGGGAGAUUCUCUCUACAGCAGUUAUUUCGUGUUGGGGUGGACCGAAUAGUGGAGAAAAACGUGAUUGGUUAUGCGGUGUUAUUUGUGAUUUGAUCGAAAAUAUGCCCUUAAUUUCAGUAGAAGAAGUAGAAGGAGUUCUUUUACAGGUGAUGGAGGAUGAAUUUAAUGUUAUAGUUGAGGAUGGAUCGGUGGAAGAAGUUGCAAAGAAGAUUAUAACAUUAUAUCGAAAAUGUAAAGAAGGAGAAAUACGAGAGAUUGAAGAAUGGUAUGAAGGAUGGAAAAAUGGAUCAUGCAGGAUGAGUAGAAUGAAAGAAGUGGUUCCAAAAGGAGAUAGUGAAGAUGAAGAAUGUUAA